AUGAACUACUUCACCAGGCAGGAGAUGGAGGGAUCGGUGCGGUACUCGGGGAAGUGCCGCAUCGGAAACUGGAACGAGAACGACAUCCUCGACGAGGUUCGCCUCAAGGAUUACAUAGCCAAGAAGGAGGCCGGGACGCUCAGGAUGGACAAGUUCAACAAGCGCAUGGCGACGGCGCUCCAGCCGGUCGAGCUCACCAAGGACGCGAGCGACGAGUACGUCCACUUCGGCGACGUCGUGCAGCUCGAGAACGUCACGUCCGGCGCGGUCGUCGCCGUCGACGUCGAGUCGCGCGAUCCCAGACCCGCGGAGAAUGCGUGCGCGGUGUCGGCGUCGUUCCACGUGGACGCCUGCGCGAGGAACACGUUCACGUUCGAGCCGUACGUUCCCCGCACCGCCAAGGCUGCGGCGAUGCUCCCGACGUACGACGACGACGUCCUGCACUACGGCCAGAAGGUCAAGCUCGCGGUUAACCCCGCGGCGAUCGAGGGAUCCGGCUGGGACGUCGCGACGUGUCGCCUCAAGUCCUUCACCGUGUCGCAGACGCACUUCGCCAAGUUUUCGAGGCGGUGCGAGGUGGUGGCGAGCGGCAACGACUCGUACGAGUGCGUGUUCGAGGUGCUGACGCCGGACCCGGCGAAGAGGCUCGUGAGCGAGGGCGUUCCGGUGAUGGCGGGCGCGCCAAUCGUGCUGCUGCACUGCCAGACGAACCAGUGCCUCUGCGUCGGAACGCACGGGUUCGCCAACGACUUUGGCAAGGAGCUCGAGGUUUGCGGGCACACCGAGACGAGCGUGGGCAACUCGUACAAGAUGGAGGGGCUCGCGACGGGCGUGCCGAAGAGCCUGAAGGAGCGGGCGCCCCAGGACUGCAACGUGUUCGCCAUCGUCGGGAAACCCACCGUCGUGGCUUGAUGAUCGGACAACCGAUUUCGUGAUGUGUAUAUAUUUAAAGAGUAUUGCU